CGUUCGUUAAGUUCGCUAUUAGGUGCAGUUCGCUUCUUUGCUCGCAUAAAUCGAAUGUUUGACAUUUGCCGUCUCGGCUUUAAGUGAUGUUGAAAAAACGAUAAAAUUGAUAAUCGAAGGUGUUUGUAGAUGGAUAGCUGACAAGAACACCUAACUUUACUUUGGCUUUUUGAGUCGUAUACAGCGUUUUUUCACGAGACGUUUGAGAAUGAAGUCUGCACGUAAACAAGCACCUCCAUCAGCUCGCAAACCAGCAAAGAUGAAACACAGCAACAAUAUGUCAUCGAAGGAUCCUGUUCAAGUGUUUUGUCGUUUGAGGCCCAUGCAGAAUCCCAGUGACAUUACUUGCAUGAAAGUGGUAUCGGACACCACAAUUGUUAUCACUCCUCCAGAGUCAGCAAUGAAUUUCAGAAAUGGUGCACAAAAAGAGAUUCAAACUACCUUCAGUCGUGUAUUCAUUCAGAAUAUUAGCCAGCAAGAAGUCUUUGCUAUUGUGGCUCUGCCUCUAGUGGAAAACCUUAUUCACGGCCAAAAUGGUUUGUUGUUCACUUACGGGGUGACAGGCAGUGGAAAGACUUAUACUAUGACUGGAGAACCCAAUGACGUUGGAAUAAUGCCAAGAAGUCUAGACGUGAUAUUCAAUAGUAUAUCCAGCUAUCAAGCCAAAAAAUUUGUAUUUAAGCCUGACAAGCUCAAUGGAUUUGAUGUGCAGAGUGACACAGAUGCUAUGCUUGACAGGCAAAAUGAGCUUCAUGCUGGGCUCUUAACACCACGUAAUCUGAAAACUCCUGGCAAAUUGCGAAAAGGGGAUAGUGAUAGUGAUAGUAAUCCCUUGGUCGUGAGGGAAAUUAACGAUUCUAGAUCGGUGUCUGUGGAUAGUGAUUAUGUAUACGCUGUAUUCGUUACAUACGUGGAAAUUUACAACAACAGCGUGUACGAUCUGCUGGAGGAAGACGAAGUUCGAGGAAGAACUUUACAGAGUAAAAUCGUGCGCGAGGACGGCAAUAAAAAUAUGUACGUGCACGCUGUCACGGAACUGGAGGUGAAGAGCUCUGACGAGGCUUUCGAGGUGUUCCAAAGGGGGCAGCGGCGGCGGCGUGUCGCACAUACGGCUCUCAACGCCGAGUCUAGCCGCUCACACAGUGUCUUCACGAUUCGGCUGGUGCAGGCGCCAUUGGACAGCGAGGGUGAACAAGUGAUGCAAGAUAAACGAGUGGUGUGUGUGAGCCAGUUGUCACUGGUUGAUCUGGCCGGUAGCGAACGAACUAAUCGUACGAAAAACACGGGUCAGCGUCUCCGCGAAGCGGGGAACAUCAACAACUCUCUGAUGACUCUUCGUUCCUGUAUGGAAAUUUUGCGAGAGAAUCAGCUCCAGGGUAGCAACAAAAUAGUACCCUACCGCGACUCCAAACUCACGCACCUCUUCAAGAACUAUUUUGACGGCGAGGGCCAGGUUCGCAUGGUCGUUUGCGUCAAUCCCAGAGCAGACGAUUACGACGAGACUAUUCAAGUUAUGAAGUUUGCGGAAAUGACGCAGGAGGUUCAAGUUGCUCGUCCCACCGGAACCAAGCUGGAUCUUGGAUUCACGCCUGGCAGACGUCAAGCUAACAAGCUUUUCAAAGAGGCUCGUAGUAGAUUGGAGAAGGAGGGCCGAAUCGAAGCUGCCGAUUUGGAGCUCGAUAUUGGCUUAGUUUAUACAUUGGGCGGGCCAUUUCCUGAUCUGGAGAUUACGAAUCCGCUCAAUGAUCAACUUAUUGUUAAUUUGAUGAGCUUUUUGGAGCAGCGUAUCAACAAGAGAAAUUUAUUGCGAGCUGACCUGGAGAAGAAACAGAACGACUUUAGAAAAAUGCUACUGGCAAUGGAGCAAGAAAAUGUGAAUUUAAAGGUUGAGAAUGCAACGUUGAAAGCCUCCGGUACGCAGCAAAAGAAAAAGGUAUCAGCGCUAGAAGGCCAUUUGUGUAAAACGGAAACGCAAAUUGACAGUUUAUUGCGCAAAUUGAAUGCCGCCAACGAUACUAUUAGAAAUCUACAACAAGAACUCAAAGACAGAGAUAUGGCAUUAAAUCAACGUAUAAUUGAUAAGCAAAAAGUUAAACAGAAAUACACUAGCAAAAUACAGCAUGAAACCGACAAAAUGACUCGAGAACUUGAAAUGAAGCUAAAAGCUCAACGUGAGCAUUUGCAGAACCAAAUGAAAGAAAAAGAGGACAAGUUGAGAUUAGUCAAACAAAUUUUGGACGAAGAUAAGGCCACUAUUCCAAUAAUAAAGGACUCGAAUGAAGAAUUACAGGCACAUCCUCAUGGAGUAGGUACAUUGGCGUCGAAAACGCCAGGCAAGCUCGACGUUCGUUCGCGCAAAGAUAAAAUAGGCGUAGCGAAUCCGCGCUACAGACGCUCACAAAGUGCCGAUCGAUGGGUCGAUCACCGUCCGGAAGCUCUCGUUCCCAUUGGCACUGUUCUUCAGCCACUUAUGCGAAGACGUCGUAGCAUUAACAAGUUAUCUAGCCCUAAAGAGAUCACGGAUGGAGCUUCUCGGUACUGUCUCACAGCUCAAAAUCAAGAUUCUGAAGGCGAGCUCGAGACCAAAUUGUACAAGGGAGAUAUUUUACCAACAAGAAGCGGAGGGGCACAGGUUGUAUUCAACGAUGUUGAAUGUUUGAAACAAAUGUCUCCCACUGGUCAAUUAAAGAGGAGCUGUCCAAGCGCAGAAAAAGAAAACCGCAUUAGUUCCGAUGAUCAACAUAUAAAUCAAGAGAUUAAUAUUACAUCGACUAAGCGAUUUAGAAAAUAGUUGCACUAUUAUGUUAUAAAGUAUUAAAAUUAAUUAUACACUCUAGAGUAUUAAAUUUUAUACUAAUAAUUCUCGGUUUGCAGCAAUGAAUUAAACAUUUUUAUACAAUGAUUGUAGUUGAUAAAAAAUCGAACACUUGUGUAUUUACUAUCAUAAAUGCAUUUUUAUAUUGCAUAAAUAAUUUUGAAAAUAUGGAUUUUCUAUUGUUAUCGCCAUGUAGUUCGAUACGUUUUAGAUUUUAGCAUUUCUCUUGAUUGAUAUUUCUUUUUACUAAUAUGUAACGACGUAUAAUUUUAGA